ACUUCUACCAGUCUCAAACUGGUGCUAACAGUACUGAACUAAAGUCGGUUGAUUAGACACAUUAAACUAGAUAUAGUCAAUUAGUAUUUAUUCCUUGGGCCAAAUAUGUCCAAAACGACUAAAACAGAUAGCCCGACCCAUCAUCAACUUGUGGAGAGAAAGAGAGUAACAAUUCAAGCUCCUGAAUUGGAGGAUGAGGUGGAUCCAGCUGAAUCAAAGACCGGCCUUGGUUACACAGCUUUGACUAAACAGCAAAGGCAUCUACUAAAAUUAGUAGACGAGGGGGAUCUAUAUGAAGUGGAAGAGUAUAUAAAGGACAAUCCAUCUUUAGACAUUAAUGGUAUCGACUACCAGGGACGGUCGGCGUUAACGAUAGCUAUAGAAAAUCAAAACGAAGAACUCGUUGAAUAUUUUAUUUCCCAACCCAAUAUCCGAUUCGGUGACUCUUUGCUUAGGGCCGUUAAAGAGGGUAAUCUAUCGGUGGUAGAGACGCUUAUCGAUGCUCAGGAAAGGCGUACCAAAAUGAAUAUCAAGGAGGAACCGAUAGAAAGUGCUGAAUUUGCUCCUCAUAUAACACCGCUUCUUCUUGCGUGUUUAGAAGAUCAUUUUGAAAUUGCUAGAUUCCUAAUGUCACGUGGUCACGAAUUGAAAAUUUCUUCACCAUUAGAUUACGAAGUGGUUGAUGAAUACGCUGAAUAUGGAGAACGGUUGGAAGAUUCAAGAGCAAGAAUAGAUUCUUAUAAGGCAUUAUCUAGUAGCUCCUAUAUGAUGCUUAGCUCUGAAGAUCCUGUACUAAAUGCUUUUCGAAUAGCUUAUGAAGCUGACAAGAUGACCGACAAGGAUCCUAUAUAUAAGGAUGAUUAUGAAGAAAUGUCGGAAAAUUGUAGGAAAUUUUCUUGCGCUGUUCUAGACCAAUGCCGUACUUCUGAGGAAGUUGCAAUCAUCUUAUCCCAGACUCAUACUAAAAAAGAUGGUCUAGGAACGGGAACAAUUUAUCCUCGUCUAUUUUUGGCUAUGGAUUUAGAAAUGAAAGAGUUCAUAACACAUUCUAAUUGUCAAAAAGUUAUAGAAAAUAUUUGGACCAAAUAUCAUCCAAAUGUCAUGUGGUACUCACCAUUAUGGAAACUACUUUAUUUUACACCUCAAGUUUUCCUAUUGCCAUUUAUUUAUUUAAUCUAUAUUUUUGCGCCUUGCGCAUCUUUUCUCAAGUACUGGCAGGCACCGAUGAAUAAGUUUCUGGGUCAUCUAGUUUCCUACUUGGUUUUUCUUUGCCUUUUGUUCGUUAGUGUUAUUAAAGGUGGAGAUCAAGUAGGAAGUAGAGUACCGAAUUUAAACGGAGGUAUCGACAUAUGUAUUUGGCUAUGGGUUGCUGGUAUGAUAUUUGAACAAGCGCAAGUGUCGGUCUUUAGCGGAAUCAAGGGCUAUAAAAAACAAUGGUGGUUAAUAUACGAUUUAGUUAUGCAAAUAACGUUUGUCAUAUCCUUUAUUGGCCGUUUGGCAAGUUUCAUCAAGUCCAAUGAUGAAGGCGCCGCUUACAGAGAUCUAGUUAGAGACCUAUGGCCAUGGAAUGAUCCUCAAUUAAUUUCAGAAGCAUUCUAUUGUUUUGCAACUGUCUUAGCAUUCGGAAAAUUACUGUAUUUUGUUCAAGGAAGUAAAGUACUGGGACCUAUGCUAUUGUCACUUAGUAGAAUGAUGUACGAUGUAUUUCAAAUGCUAUUUCUCUUCGUACUGAUUAUGUUUGCGUUUGCAACAGCAAUGGCUAGAAUGAGUGGCUACUAUAAGGAUUCAGCAAGAAAAGAUGCUCCAGACGGUGAUGUAACAAAACAACCUGAUGCAUUCACAGAUUUUGGUUCAUCUUUUAAAACAUUAUUUUGGAAUUUAUUUGGUUAUGGAGAACCAGAAUUCGCUGAUAUAGUUGUUUCCAACAACUGUACUUCCACUAUUAAUUGCAACGUAAACAAGCAUAAAUUUACUGAGGGCUCGGGUUAUUUAUUGUACGGCCUCUAUCAUCUACUAGCCGUAACAACUAUGCUUAAUAUGUUAAUUGCUAUGAUGUCGAAUUCCCUAAAUCAUAUUCAAGAGAAUGAGGACAGAGAAUGGAAAUUUUCACGUUCUAGAUUAUGGAUAACAUAUUUAAAUUAUCCUUUCCUUCCUCCACCCCUUAAUCUGAUACCAUGUCCAAUAGAGAUAUAUCAUUGUUUCAAAUGGACAACCAAAUAUGUUUGUGGUAAGAACGACUCUGACGAAGUUGCAAAAUUCUCCCAGCAAGUAAGUAAUAUUAUAUUCAUUAUAUAUAAUUUCCUAGGAGCUUAGUUCUAUUUAAAUAAUUUAGGAGUUUUACUCAAAUGUUUGCAAAAAUCCAAAAACUCUGAGAAGGCUAUCCAGUGAUAUUUGUUCUUAUGUUACCAACCUAUAUUUUCCAUUAGUUAUACAUAUAGCUUUGUAUUUACUAUAUACAGUAUAUCUA